AGCUUUAAAUGCAAACUUUGUAAAACUGAAUUCAGUUUCAUUUUUCCCCUAAAAUUUUUGGUAGUUUUACAAUUAAAAAUCAACUUCUAUGGACUGAGCAUGGAGAAAUCAAAUGAAAUUUCAGAUUUUUCCUCGGAAAAGGAAAAACGAUCGUUAGUGCUCCGAGUUCUGAAUGAAGCAUCUUUGAGUAGUUUAUCGAUUUCUCAUCAGAAAGCAUUCCGUCCAACGAUGACACUUUUAUCCCGAUUUGACAAAACCACAGAUGAUGCAGCGAUUGAAGUAUCGAAAUAUAUUAUUAAAUAUGAAACAGAAGUUUUGGAUCAAAUCAAUGUUAAUGGAUUGAUUGUAUUGGUUUCGAUGAACUUAUUGAUUCACGAAAAAGCUCCAAUCGUUAAUUUAGCCAUAAAAUGGCUUCUCCUUCAUGAGCUCGAAGCUCCAAUAAUGAACGCUCUUCUUAUGAGUAUAGCUGUUCAAAACAUGACCUUCACAAAGGUCGCAAAAAUUCGUUUGGCUAUCCAAAUGUAUGUGACCAUUCCACAGCUCCGUGAUCAUUACGAUAUUCAUCUAAAUAAACACGGACUCAUUAUCGCCCACAGAAAAUCUUUACCCGGAGAACCAGAAGCUUAUAAUAAAGAGCAACGGAUUUCUUUGUGUCGGAAGCUCAAUGAGAUUACCGACAAAAAUAUUAAUCCAUUUUGGCCUGCUGGUUCGUGGAGGAAGGAUUAUGAAAAACCGAAACUCAAUAAAAACGGGAAUAUAAGAUUUCCAAAGAAAGUGAUGUCAGAGGAAAAACUUGAAAAUCCGCUGUUCCAUCUUACAUUUGAAUCAUCUCAAAUCGCAGUCGAGGAGCCUCCAAAACCAAAAUCUACUUCGACGGGAGAUUUUACACGCGCUAGAGAAGAAAAGCUCAAUAUGAAAAAGAAAAAGAAGUCGACAUCUUCUGGAUCAAAAUCUGCCUCAACUUCAAGUGGAUAUCAAUCAAACAGCCAUUCUUCAGAUUCUUCAUCUUCUUCUGGUCAGACCGUUUUUGAGUAUGAAAUUAAAAGGAAUAAUGACAAGAAAAAUUCACAUGAUCGCCCUUCUGAUCCACAUUCAUCACAACCGAAACAGCGUGAUCUGGAGAAUCGUUAUAAUCACUAUACGAACAGUUUCGAUAACUAUCGAAUGGGAAAUGAGCAGACAACAUCUUAUGAUCAUCAUCCAAUUCCAGUCAACGUUCGUCGUCUGUACCCCUUACAAUCUCAUAAAAAUAUAAUCAAACAAGAUACCUGGCCACAUGAGAAAAACAAAGAAAAGUACGAUUUCAAUCUGAAAAAUGUUGAGAAAAAGAAUGACUCUACCAAAUCGGAUCGUAAAUCACAUUUUUCUGAUGUUUCGAUAUCGCUUGGAUUUGGCAAAGAAGAUUGGAAUGAGAAAAAUAAAUCAGUGAAAGAUCUUAGCGGAAGAUCGCAUCCAAAACUCCAUUUCGGCGUCACUAGGAAUACAUUUGGAAUGAAUUCACUUUACUAAGUUAUCUGUUCAGGUAUCUAUUUUAAAUUUCUAUAAGAAACGUUCAAAUUGUCAUGUUAUCAUUAUAUAUCACUUUAAUGUCUUAAAAGUAUCAAAUGAGUUUUAUUUUUGCUUCCUGUAAAAAUUCAAUUUGUAUUGAUUUCGUGAGUGUGUGUUGUUAUUAAUUUUCAAAACAUUUCGUUUUAAAAUUUGUUUUUUAUGUUCAACUUCGUAUUUGUUACAAUUUAUAUAUUUUAUUUUUGCAAAGUAAAUAAACAACGAAAAAUGUAAUCUACUU